CGCUGCAUUGGUCUAGCGUCGCUGGGUUUGUGACGCGGGAUCUUUGCGCCCAGGAAAGCGAGAGAGUAUGGCUACCGGCGGCACCGUGAGACCGGCUGAGGAGCCUGAGGAGGAAGAAGAGGAGGAGGAUGAAGCAGCCGAAGAGGCGGAGGAAGAGGAGUAUACCUUUCUACCCUUGGUGCACGACAUUAUUAAAUGCAUGGACAAAGACAGCCAGGACGUUUACCAGGAGCUCAACGACUUAAAGGACAAGUUCCAAGCCAUGCGGAAGCUGCUCGGCAAUAUGCCCGGCAUUGUCAUGAGCCCAGCAGAGCAACAGCAGCACCUCCAGAACCUGAGGGAACAGGUACAGACCAAGAAUGAACUGCUUCAGAAGUACAAGAGCCUCUGCAUGUUUGAGAUACCAAAAGAGUAGGUUGAGUAAACACGGCUGCUGUGGCUAGUGGGAGGUUCUGCCAAACCCAACAUGGCCUCCAGCAUUCAACCAAUAAGUGCACUGGGUGUACAAAUAUGGAGGAAGCCAUUGCAAUACCUACACUGGCAUUUGCCCUUGUGAACUACUGCUGGACUCGCACAAAGGGUAUUCCUAAUGGAUUUUAUAUUAAACGGCUAUGUGGUUGCUAGGCUGAGUGCCUCAAUAGCAACCAGGCAGUGUUGUGAAAGAUUCAGGUAAAUAGGGGCAAGUAUGAACAUAUUACCUCCAUCUACAACAUAUGAAAUCUUUCAUGUAAUAGUUAACUUCCCCUUUAGAUAUAUGUAUAUAUGUAUUAAAUACAUAUGUGGGUAGAAUUUUUUUAUCAUUCAGUAUACGUAUCUGUCCAUAAAGUUUAUUUCACUGGA